AUGCCGUCUGGUGAUAACAAGAAUGAUCAACGCGACCGAGGAGAGGAUCAGCAAAACGCCAGAGAUUUCUCUGAGCAGUUCUAUGAUGAAGAAGAUCAACAGGCUUCGGAUUCGUAUACCGGCGACGAUGAUGACAACCCGCCUAAACGGGGCGGGAAGAAGGUCAAGGGCUCUCCAAAACCUCCACCUGAAGAGGAGACGACAAACAACCCGCAGUGA